AUGAUUGCAAUUGACCUCAACUUCGCCGAGUCUCAGUGGCAGUACCACAUAUCCACUACGUUCUUCGUGUGUGUUAUUGUGCCAGUUCUCUAUUACUUGUAUGAAAGGUAUGUCACUUCCAGACCUAACAAGUACAACAAGCUUGAAGCACCCAAGAAGCUCGUGCAUCCGAUCCCUGAUGAAGCCAAACCACAUUGGAAGGGAAAGAGAUUGUAUCCUCCCAAUAUCGGGAUUCGUGUGAGCAGCUCUGCUUCCAAGAUCCAAAGUUACUGUCCUGCCACUGGCCAGUACUUAGGUACAUUCGACACAACGACGAGAAGUGAAAUGGAUGACAAGAUCAGAAGGGCGGAAAUUGCUCAAAAGAAAUGGGCAAAGUCCAGCUUUGUGUUGAGAAAACAACUCCUCAAAACACUUAACCAGUUCAUCAUGGAUAACCAGGAAGACAUUGCCAGAGUGGCCUGUAGAGAUAGUGGAAAAACCAAGUUGGAUGCUUCCAUGGGAGAAAUCAUGGUUACUUUGGAGAAAAUCUCGUGGAUUGUAGCUCACGGUGAGAAAGCAUUGCGCACUUCGGCUAGACCUGGCCCUUCCUCGUUGCUUAUGGGACUUAUGAAGAAUGCAGAGGUCAGGUACGAGCCUUUGGGCGUUGUCUCGGCCAUUGUGUCGUGGAACUAUCCUUUGCAUAAUCUAAUUGGUCCUGUUGUGGCUGCAUUGUUUAGUGGUAAUGCCAUUGUGGUGAAAUGCUCUGAGCAAGUUGUUUGGUCUUCAACAUGGUUUGUAGGAAUGAUCCAUGCGGCACUUCGUCUGCUUGAUAUCAGCGAGGAUCUCGUCCAGUUGUGCUACUGCUUUCCAGAGGAUGCAGAUUACUUCACCUCGCAUCCUGGCUUGAAGCACAUCACCUUCAUUGGCUCAAAGCCUGUGGCACACAAGGUUUUGGAAAGUGCAGCUAAAGAGUUGACGCCAUGUGUGGUGGAACUUGGAGGCAAGGACUCUGUUUUAGUGUUGGAUGAUGCCAUCGAUUUACAGGCGUUGUCGUCCGUGUUAAUGAGAGGAACCUUUCAAAGUGCUGGUCAGAAUUGUAUUGGUAUAGAGCGAGUGAUUUGUGUCCCUGCAGCCUAUGACAAGUUGGUGAAUAUUCUAGAGCUGAGAGUUCAAGGAUUCAGAUUGGGCUCAGACAUUGACCAGUUAGAUGAGAUCGACAUGGGUGCUAUGAUCUCUGACAACCGUUUUGGCCAGUUUGAAGAAUUGAUAAAGGACGCUGUCGCAAAAGGUGCCAGACUUCUCCAAGGUGGUAAACAGUAUCUGCAUCCAAACUACCCACAAGGUCACUACUUUGAGCCCACGCUCUUGGUGGAUGUGGAUCCCACAAUGAAGAUUGCCCAGACAGAAGUUUUCGGUCCGGUGUUGACCAUGAUGAAGGCUCGUAAUGUUGACCAUGCCAUUGAGAUCUCCAAUAGCACCGAGUAUGGAUUGGGUAACUCUGUGUUUGGAAAGGACUUCGGCCAGUGCAACGAGGUUGCUCAAAGAUUGGAAAGUGGAAAUGUUGCCAUCAACGACUUUGCAACUUUCUACGUGUGUCAGCUUCCGUUUGGAGGAUGCAAGAAGUCCGGUUACGGUAAGUUUGGUGGUGAAGAGGGCCUUCAGGGUCUUUGCAAUGCAAAAUCCGUAGUCAUGGACAAGCCAUUGUUGAGACUAUUGGGUGUGAAGACCGCUAUUCCUCCCCCUAUUGACUAUCCUAUUCCCGAUGACAAGAAGGCGUGGGGAUUUGUGAGCAGCUUAAAUACUGCCAGUUACGACAACCGCAUCUGGAAGGUUCUUAAUUCGUUCAAGAAGUUGGCCAAGGGUGGAGCAUAG